AUGGCACCGGGUGGUCUCACACAGGUGUGUAUGAUAACAGCUAAGGUUGUGACACCACGCAAUCAAGUCGCUGAAAUAUGUGACAAGAAUGACAGUAAUGAGUAAAGAGGAAUCCUGUCUUUGUACAGCUGGAGAAAGUCAUUGAGGAGGUGUUGAAGAGUGGGGAUGUCCGAUCACUAGAUGCCUUCUUGCGAAGGGACAUAACUGAAUGGACCCCUAUUAAGUGUGCCCAACGCUUACUCACCAGUUUUGAUAAACUUUUCAGCAUGGUAAGAUAGAGGUAAUCACACUUGUGCUAUGAUGUCAUGUUUUUAGUAGACCUGUGGUUUUUCCUUAAAUUUAUUGUUGAUGCAGAUUUUGGAUCAGAAAGACCUCAAAGCAGCUGGUUCAUGUUUUAACAUCCUCUAUAAAUGCGGCAAAAACCUGAAACUACCAAAUGGUGGUGAGGGGCUAUCAGGACUAAUUGCCCAAGGCCUGGUCAAAAAGAUAAGUAUAUAUCUUACACAUUCAGCUUGUGGUUUCUGUAUAUACAAAUGUUCACCAGUGUUUUUAUUGAACCUGAUUCUGUGCACAUGUUGCAGUGGUUUGAAAAAUGCAGACAACUGUUGAUCCAGUGUGGCCCCCGAUGGAAUGAGACCUUGUUCAACCUCUUAGAAGACUUCUUUGAUGUCUUGAUGGUGCGCUGACUUUUUUUUUUUUUUUGCAGUAAAACAAACUGUGCGAAAUAACGAUAGUGAACCAAGUAUGUGCGAGCAUAUAAUGCAAAACCGCUCUGUUUCCUCUCUUACAGGUGGUUCAUGAAGCGUGCAAAGAGGGUAUGCUUGUAUAUUAAGUUGUGUCAAUAUGGAUUUUAUUCUCAUUUAAAACAUAUCAGAACUUAAGUCAGGGUUAAAACCAUCAUGUAUAUAUUUUGAGUCCUUAGAGUCUCCGUUUGCUGUGCAGGAAAUGUGUUAGUUUGCCAAAAAUCUUUGCCUUUAUAGUCUUAAUGUUUCUCAAACAUACAUGUUUGUCUGGUGCCCUUGAUGUAGCUCUGAGAUUCUUCUGUUGAGUUGUCCACAUUAAUUUUCCAAGAAUUGCGCCAAAGCUUCAACUGCAUCAUUAUCAUAAUAAAUUACACUAUUGAUGAAAAAACUAGGCUACAGACUACAGUAAUGAAUCAACACAAUGUUUUAUCUUUCAGGGACAUACAAAAUCACAGAGUUCUUCCUGUAUCCUGUUGGUCAGUUGGCUGUAGACCCCAGAAUCUACAUCCUGUUUCAAAAAGAGGUUUGAAGCAGUUUUGAUACAAGUCUUUAUCAGGAGUAAUAUUAAAAUAUGAUUAGUCAGAAGUUGGUUAUAUGAUUUUGCUAUGAAAUGCUUACAGGCAAUUCGCAAAUUCAACUUGAUUUUGGACAAAGUCCCAGCGGAGCUUAAAAAAAAGAAGAAAAUACUUCCAUCUCAGGAGGCCUCAGAUCUCAUGUAAGUCAUGAUAGUUACCCCACAAUAAGGAUCAUUAUUAUCAAUGUAUUAAUCAUCCACGUUACUAACUUCUUGUUUAUCAUAUUUUUGCAGGAUCAAGUUUUCUGGUCAGAUAUUGGAGGGUGGUGGUAUGUAUUCAGUUCAGACUCUACCAUCUUUUUGCACAGUGUGCUACAUGUAGACAGAUAAAAAGUGGACUCCAAUCUCUUUUGUGUCAGAUUACGAUUUGCAGACAGCCCUGAUGGAGGCUUUGUGCCGAAUGGCCUCUCCUAACCAGAGGAAGGAGCUGGCAGAGCGAUGGUUCAGCAUGGGACAUGUGGCCAGUGCUUUUGUCAAGAUCAGUGACACUGAGUUUGAGACGGUAAAACAUAUGAAAUUCACAAAAACGCAUCUCCUGUUGUUAGUAUUGUUAGGAUUUUACUGCUCAAACUCAUCCAAAAUGAUGUAAUGUAAUGUGAUUUCAGGAUUGUCGCAAGUUCCUGAACUUGGUGAAUGGGAUGCAAGGAGACAAAAGAAGGUAGAUGGAUAAAUGUCUGUCUCAGACAACAUGGUCUGUAAAAACCGAGACUUUAAGGUUUUCAGUACAGAGAUAGUCACACAUUUGAAUAACAAUGUCCUCUGUGCCAUAGAGUGUAUUCCUAUCCUUGUCUGGAGGCUUAUCUGGACAAAUAUGAGGUCAGUGUCAGCAGGAUUUCUAUGACAAAAACUUUUGUCUUUCCAAACAGCAGAACAUGAAAAUCAUCUAUAUCACCUAUACUGUAUUCUAUGGUCAUGCCUAUAUGUGUUGAAAGUAUCAUUGUUAUACUGCUAGCUGCUGAUUCCCUCUGAUGACAAACUGGAGGAAUUUUGGAUUGACUUUAACCUUGGCAGCCACAGCAUCUCCUUUUAUUUCUCUCUGGCUGAUGAAGAAGCACAGGUAACUAGAGAUAAUGUAUAAAAUCGAAACAAAGUAGUGGGACAUUUGGAUAAUCAAUAAGAGAUGUAUGGCACCUGCCAUUGUUCAAGAUUGAUUGAUUUCCCCUUUCCUUCAUGUAGGAGGGCCAGUGGGAAACAAUAAGCAUCACUGAGAAUGAAGUCCUAAGCUACACUGUUACAGGUGAUAAACACACAAAAGCCACCACUUUUUCCCACACACUCUUCAUAUUCUGACAGGCAACACAAUGACAUGGAGUAUUUAAUGGUGCUUCGUGCAAUUAUAACCCAGAGUGUUGUUUGGAUUUAGAGGAAGGCAAGAGAAAAGUUUUGCAGUUGAAGUUGUCAGAAGUGGUGGUUGUGGGUUCAGUGGAAGGUUCAAGUCUCACCAUCCACUUCAGCUCCUCCUUGGACAUCCUGCAGGCUGCUCAGCGUGUCUAUGGACACAGCAAAAGCAAUGUAAGCCAUGACUUUCAAAGCACUUCCUUGUUUGUUUGCUGAAAUCUGAUGAGUAAAUGACUCUAUUUACCCAUGACCAUGAAGGACAGUCUUAAAAAGGAGAGACAGUAAUGAUUUUAGGGGAAACUUGUCCACAGUAAAAAUUUAUAUCUUUAAUACGCAUAAUUUCUUCUUUGGUUCUCAAAUAUUAAAAGUUAUUCCCCAUAAUUUGGCAUCUGCUUUAACAAGCAUCCUCUCCUGCCAGGGCUUUGUGAAGAAGACAGGCGCAUCUGUAGCAGAGACUACCAUUAACAUCUUAAUGGAGGAAAACAGCUCCCAGGUAAACAGCUGUCUGGUGUCCUAAUGCUCGAAAAUAGUUAUGAUAUGAUUGAUUUGGUGUGAGGUGGUUUCCCAAUUAUAUAUGCAAAAUUUGAGGAAACUACAGAUAGUAGGGGUAUGUGACUUUUCAUAGAUCGCUUUAGAUCAGUGCUGUAGAUUGGUGUUGACCACACUGUUAGAGUAGACUUGGCAUAUUGGUGUUUCCUGUUGAUUGGAUGCAGUAUUGCUACAAAUAUUUAAAAAAACUUAAACUUCAAAUCCUCAACAUUAGACAUGGCUGUGUGCUCUUACCAUGAGGGUGCUAAACUAUCCACAUACACAGUGAGCUGGAUGGAGAGGAAAAGUACUACUGUGGAAUUGAUUCAAGAUGUGACACAAGUUUCACACUUGAAUCAAGUAUUUUAUUUUUUUGCAGUGCAGCUUGUUUGCAUAGAAGUAAUUACAUAAUAGACACAAAGCAUGUGCUUUGUAUCCAUUAUCUUUUGACAUCUUUUUGACAUGUUUGCACAGGUUUAGCAGGCGCCACAGCUACACAAUGUCUUUGUACUAAAAUGUAAAAUUUUCAACUUCACGGACAGACAAUUUGAUAUAAAGACCUGCCUUUAACACAGGUACCUUCUGUGAUAAAAGUCAAAAAGUUCUGUGUCUGUGCAAGAUAAUUUGCAGUAAUCGUUUAUCUGAUAUUGUAUCAGAGGGACUUUAUUUCUAAAAACUUUAUUACUGCAAACCAUUUAUACUGUUCUGCCAUUCUCCGUGCAGGUGGUUCCAGAGAGCCAGGUGUCCCUUCGUGAAAACACUGCUCCAUGCCCUUUACCUACCUCAUCUGCACCUGUGCAGGUAAAACAAGAUUGUACAGAGAAUAUGAUCAAAUCUAUUCUGUAUUCUUUAUUCCUGAUUGUGUGUGUGUUUCAGGAACAUAGAAAUUCAACUGUUUAACUGUUAUGGUUUGAUGGCAUUCACCAUCCUGAGUAGUAGUAGAGGAUGGAACAAUCUAUCUCACUCAAAAAGUUUCAAAACAAAUCUAAUGGGGUAUCAUGCCAAGACCCCUCCUCAGUGUAUUUAUUUGAUGGCUGAACGUGACAGUCAGGUAAAAACACCUUAAGUGGUGAGAAAGACUAGAAAAAUGCCACACUCUGCCAGAAACAGUCAAUUUGAAACACACAUUUACUGCAUUAACAUUAUUAUGAAUGGCCAGUAGAGGGCAGACUGAGCAAAGGAGUUGACCAUAUGAAGUUUAGGUCAUAUGCAGCUCAGUCAGUGUUUCCUGCGAAACAUUAAUUUUUCACACAUAUAUUUCAUCGAUAUUCCUUACUAUUCCUAUCACACAAAAGGAAUUGCGCAAGAAAAUUAAAGAAUCUUUUGAGCACCAUGGUUGAAUAUCUUAUUUGGCUUUUAGAUGGUGAUCCCAGCAAAGAUGAAGAUCUCAGAGUCUUCCACCAUUUUUAGUUGCGGCUCAGGAGUAAGUGCAGGUGGUGCCAGAUCCCACAGUGCUGUUACACCAACAAGUAGGUGAAAGACAGAAAUUUGUUGAGAACUUUCAUAUCAAUGUCCUACUGUUCUGUUUGUAUUUGUGCUUUUCUAAAAUGGUUUGACUUUGUGUUUGAAGAGAGAGUAAGCCAAGGUUUUGGUAUUAAAGACACAUAAGCAGUAUGCUGUGCUCCAACAGUUAAGACACCUUUUUAAAUCUGAAACUGGGUCUACUUCACACAUUAGUGAUCUUAACUUUGACAUCCUUAAUGUAACCAGAAUGGUUUGGUUAAGAAAUGUUCCCACAUAGUUUUUCUAGUGUGUCCCGAAGAAGAUGCGCCACACAGACUAUUUAAAAAACAAAAAAGUUUUAAAACUUUUAUUUUGCUUUUUAAGGUAAUUGAAAAGGGUUGAAAACGAUAGGACUAAUUCUGGGACCAUGACUAUAAUGUGUAGUUAUUAGUGAGGAUUUCACCCUUCAAAAGAUGUCUGUCCAAUGUUUUCCUCUUUAUUUAGAUGCUUCAGCUAAAGGCAAAGGGAAACCAUCUCUGGAGAUGGUUCGCUCAAGUGAAAGGCAAGGUGAAUUGUACCUGGAAGGGCUCAGGACGACUGCUAGGGCUGGCAGUUGUAGCACAAUUCCCAACCCCACAUUAGCAGAGAACAUAAAAGAGCAGGUAUGACACAUAAUGAAUGCACUGUGAUAGAAUACUACACAGACUCAGCCAAAUACAAAUCACUCACACUAAAGUCCUGAAUUGUACCUCAAGAGCAAAUCCCAAGUUUGACAUUAAAUGUGAGUGAUUGAUGAUCUAGAGUUGAGAAUGUUGAACUGUGUUUAAUGGUGUCUGUGUGGUUUAAUGUGAUACAUCUUUACAGGGCACAGCCACCAAACAGGCCAAGAAGAAUAACAACAAAAACACAAAGACGGCAGAUUCGGCUCUGGCAGGACGAGGGGAAGAAAAGUCUUUUGGUAUUGUACUGUUAUGGUGACAAAACUCAAAAGAAUGAACACACUUUUUUUCUUUAGAAACUUUUAAUCCCAUCACUGAUCUUUUUAGUUGCAGAGCCAACUUUUGUGCCUGAUACCCAACCAAGAGCUGGUGGAAACAUGUAAGCCAUGUGAAAAAUGUACACAUUAUUUGUAAAUCUACUCCUCUCAGAGUGGCCAGUGCUCUAACUGGUUGAGUCACUUGUAUUUUCGAUCAUACUUGAUGUUAAUAGAGUGUUUAUCUUAACAUAGUUUACUUUUCCAAAAAUUAGAUCCUCUUACUGGACCAAACUGUCAGUUUCUGAAGUAUUCAUCCUGCCCACACAGAAAAUGAGUUCUCUACCAAGAACUGGUGAGCAAAAACACAAUGGUACUCUCAGUAAAAAAAAAAUGUGUCAUUGAACUUGAUUUUGUCGUAAUUUAACAUUUCUUCCUCUUUAGAGCCUUUAAGUUCUGACCAGCAGCUCCCGUCCUCAGUUCAGAGAGUGUCAGUUGCGGCUCACAAGCCAAUCAACCAAAAGAAAUUCCAUGCAGAACUCACCCAGAGCUUGCAGCAGAUCCUCAAUAAGAAGAGCAAAGACCAGGUACCUGAGGAGCCAGCGGCACCCCAGCAGAUAUUGUCUGAUACCAGAGAGGAAGUCAAAGGAAGGAGCUUUGCAGAACAAAGAGUUACUAAAGAGCAGAGGGUCCAGAAAAUUGAGAAGAGCAAGGGCCAAAAGUCUCCAGAGAAAGAUAACAGUGUUAUCAAAGCUCCAACCAAGGCCUCAACAAGCAAAGCUAUUCACAAAGAAAUACCACCCAAGGAAAAGGCUGAAUCUAAAAGGGCUCUUACAAAGAAAGAGAAGGUAAGAUUCAUGUAAGCUUGAAGAGCUUCAUGUCUUUUGUAAUGUCAUCGAUACACAUUGCAAUAGUUCCACUGUCUCCUGUUUUUACUCAGAGAGAUGCAGCACUCGCAGGCAGCAUGGUGAAACUCAUCUCGAGUCAUUAUGAGAAUUACACAAAGUCAGAAGCAAAAGCCUCGACAGAAAAGAUCCUUCAGAGCUCAAUUCCUCCUCAAACCUUCAACAGGUAUACUCACUGAUGUUACAAGCUGCUCAUGGUGUGCUGUAUUCAGUUAACUAACUCUGUCACUCAUUGGCUGUUUUAACAGGCAGGUCUUCAGUAUGAGCUGGUUAUCAGCUGCUACAGUAAGUGAUCAUUGCAUUAUUAAUAAUACAAAGUUGCUUUGAAGUACUUUUCUACUGUUUGAGUUAAUGAAAGUGAUCAUUUUUGCAACAGAAAAAAGAAUCUGGAGUUUUGUCAAAAUGUCAGAGCAAAACUUCAACAAGCUUUAUAAAGCAAAGGUAAUUUAUUUCAGCCAACAUUUUAGAGCUUUAUUUGGAUAUAAAUGGCUUUAACAGAAUUGUGUCUACUGCUUAUUUUUUUCUCCAAACAGAGAAGAUGUUUAUGCACUCAGCACUGAUGAAGCAAAGCGUGUUGUGGUAAAUAUAAAAGCUGUGGUUUGUUUCCACUGUACCAGAGUGAUUGAUAUGCCAGUGUUGUUUUAAAGCUCUUAUUUUUCCUGAUUUUUUUUAGGGAAAAGAAAAAACGUUCAACAACACCUCUGUGAUAUCCAGCAGGUAGGCCUGUUGUCACACAUUUUCCCGGAAUAUCGUCAUUGGGACAUGAUUUAUUGACAUUUACUAUGAGACAUGAUUUAUUGACAUGUACUCUACUGUGUGGUAAAAACGGUCUUUGUAAAAAUUCCAUGUCUUGUUUUACAGCAGCAUCAAUGACUCCUCAGCACUCAUCAGGACAACAAAGCAAGAACAGCUGGUGGCAAAAGUAUGCUUUGAGUGCUCUGUCAUAGUUCUUAGAAGUUGGAGCUGGUCAGCACCACUGUAAUUUUUACAUUCUUGAGUGCUCUUUCCAUUGUCAUGAAUUUUAUCCUUUAUCCUUCCAGCAGAAGUGGCAUGGGAGGAAGCAUCUAUUCAGUGACACAGACACAGACUAUGCUACAACAGAAGUCAGCUGGCUGAGGGAGUCGGGCAGGAAACCCAAACCCAAAGUGACCAAAUACUCGAGGCCGGCAAAUGUCAGGCCUAAAGCUGUGUCACCCCAUACCUCAUGUAAGUCUCUGAAGCUGCACAUUCAUGUUCCUCUUCAUCAUCACCUCUUAAUCAUCGUCAUCACAUUUCACAAAACACAUGGGACUUUUUUAAACAGCAGAUGACUCCCCAGAAUUACCUCCACCAUUCCAGACACCCAUAAAAGCCAAAACAAAACCCACUAAGGUAAGGUACAACUGCCUUUCUUCUAUAGUAGUAUUCUUAAAGUCUGAGAUGCACUGCUCCAGUCAGCCACAGUGUGUCAUUGUUAAAUCAGAAGACGCCAUCCACAAAGGAGAGAGUGGAGCAGCCGAAGAAGACGGUGAAGCCAGCAGCAGCACCCAGCAGACCACAUGCAGCGGGCAGGAGGCCCCAGAGAGCUGCAGUCACAUCUGUGAAGACCUACAGGGAGCCAGACACUGAUGACAGCCAGUCUGAAUCAGAGAAGCCUGCUGCUCCAAAGACAAAGGACAUCUCUGUACGUUAUGGCAUUUUGGAAGUUAUUCAUUCUAAAGAAUACUCAGUAAACAAUGGGCUUAGGUUCCUAUGUAUGCACAUGUUCAUCAAUCUCUAACAUCUUUUUAACUGACUAACUGUGGCACAUCUUCUCAUAGUACUCAGGAUUUUAUAGAUUUGAAUGGGAAAACUAGAAGGUUGUCCAGUAAGAAGUGAUGCAAAACAGAUCAUGAAAAGUGAAAGACAACAUGCACACAAUACAUAACAACAAUGGAGACAAAACAGAACAGAGACAAGUAAAGCAGGAACUCAUAACAUUUACAUGCUCUGAGUUGUUGAAAGGCUGUGUUUUAAUUCAUGUGGGUGGGUGUAGUUGUUUAUGUAGAGGUGUGUAUGUGUGUGUGAAUGUUUUUCAUUUAAUCUAUUUAUUUAUUUUAUUAUAAUUUUUGAUUGUUACCAUUCUCCUUUUCUCUCUUUCUUUUUUCCUCCAUCCUCCUUUUCCCUUUUUUCUUCUGGGAUACAUCAUGGAAAAGUGAGGAUAUGAGCUGACAAUUUACCUUGGAAUUCAAAUGUAAAAUAUAUGAGAUAUGGGAGGGGGGGACACUGAAAGAUGCAGGUAUAAUGUUAAAUAUUCAUGUUCAGAAAAGUCAGGAUGUCGUUCAGUUGAUUGAGAAAAAGACUUCCUCAAAAGAACCAAUGAAAAUCUUUAUGAAGCAAGAAAGUUACUGUCAUACCAGCCUGUCAGAGUAUGUGUCCAUGACGGAGCAGGUACACCCUCCUAAAGAAUUUGUAUUGCCUAAUAUUUUACUGCCAUAAUUCCAAAAUUUCGACAAGAAUAUAAAUGUAUUUGAAUAAAGUUUAGCACUUGCCUCAGUCUUAAAUCUGAAGAAUCUUGUUGUGGUUAAAUCUUUGUUUUCAUGCCUGCUGUUACAUAUACUGUAAGUGAAACCCUUUUUCAUGUUUUUCAGCUGCAGAAGCCUGAAAAGAGUCUUUCAGAGACUUCCAAGUUAAAUAAGAAAAGUGUUGCCCCUGUUGAAGAACAGAUAAACUCAUUGAAGGAUUCCUGGGCGGCCCGCCAGACCUCUUUCCAUCUGCCCCCUCCUUUCAUCGAGAGAAUGAGAUGUAAGACUUACCAACAUCAGCGUUAGAUAACAGUCAUUUGACCCCUUCACACCACUUAAGGUUGAUUCUGUGUUUAAUGGUGGAUUAAAUGGUUUAUUAAUUCUGCUUUGGCCAUUUCCAUGACAUUCAUAACUCUAUUCAUACUUUGGCUCUUAAGCCUGAUUCCCAUUUGUGACAGUCAUCCUUUUUUUAUUUUUUUCCCAGGAUACUCAAGAUUCUCUUGAUUAAGAGUUACUUAAUUCUUAUCUAACUUUCUAUAGACUUCAAUAAUGCCUUUUGAGGUUGAUCAAGGUUCAGCCUUAAUGUCUGAGGUCCUCCUGACCUUUAAAUUGGAACCCUGUUUUUUUUCUUUUUAGUGCAAGAGUUUAGAUGUUUUUUAAUUAAUCUAAAAAAACAUCUAAACUCCUCUUCACCUAAAACUGAAAUCCAACGUUAAGAAUUUAGUUUUCACUCAUCAAAUAUUUCUUGAUCUACUCAAACUAAAGUGUAGACUUGAGUGUAACAUUACUGUGAGUUAGCUUUGACUGUAGUUCUUCUCUCACAAGCUUUUUGCAGCAUAUUUACAACUCUUACAUAAAUGACCCUGUUGCUCUCCAACCUCUUAACUGUAAAUUGAUAUGUGGGAAGGCAUGUAUAUAUUGACCUUUUACUCUCUGUCCAACUUUCUGGCCAGCUGUGUGAACAUCUGUGCUUAUUUUGGACCCCUACAGCUGCUGAAAGGUCAGCCCCAACCUCAGUUUUGACCUGUUCCCCUCUCCUCACCCCGCGGGGAUCCCCACUCCCUGCCUCCCCUGACCCUCCCUGCCAGGACACCCCCUCCCCAAUCCUGCUGUUACCCAGACCUCGCGCUUCAGUCAGCAGUAGAGGGAACCUGAAGCUCUCCUCUUACUACAGUGCAGAGAAGAAGCUCUGCUCAUCCAAGAGUCCAUCUAUUCAGUCUAUUCACUCUCUCCCAUCACUGACCCCCAGAGGGCGAACCCCUGCACCAAGUGACGAUAAGGUAAAACUCUAGAGUACCUCUCAUUGCCACAAAUGUUUUCAGUGGUACAAGUUGGAGUUAACCCUGAUUAAAAGGGUGUGUCUAAGAAAACGUUACCUUAGUUGAUAGUCAUUAUUUAACUAUCAUCUCUGAGGAGUCCAUGGCUCACGUCACUGGUGGGAAGUUCCUCGGUAUUUAACAUCCUUUUGUGAUUCACACACCUUUGCACCACAUGGAAGUCAUUGACGUCAUUCAGCAGUCAUGUGAGAAGUACUCGAGUGACAUGAAAGGAGUUUGAGUUAUUAGUUAGUUGUAGACAUUCAUAAAGAAUAACCUAGAAUUUGAGGAAGUUGGACCGUGACCUAAGCACUGCUGGUUGAAAUUCCCAUGCUAGCUGAGAAAUCAUGGUUAACAAAUAGUGACUCUUUUCAGGCAUCUGGGCUCGACUGGAUAUUUAAGUUUUCGCCCCUCAGCUGGUAAAACUUAAAAUGACUUUAAAAAAAACAUAAUACUCCAAACACCAGUCUUACAGAGUUGUUUAAAGUGUAAAUCAAGGUAGCCUUGUUUGAUAGAUUUGAAUAAAAAUUGCCAUCUUCCCAACAGAAUAUAAUAUCAUAAUAAUAAUAAUAAUAUAUAUAAAAGAAUAAGAAUGGUUAACAGUUCAUCUUCCUCUCAUUUUUUGGUCCAAUGGUGUUCACUCAUGGUGGCUUUUGUGUGUGUUUUCAAGACUUUUUAGCAUGUUACUGAUCAGUAGAACAAAUAAAUUUCACUAUUUAAAAAAUACAGUCCUGAAAGACAAAGGAAUAAUUGACCAUUUAAGCUCGAACACCCCCUCGAACAGAUUUAAUCUCUGUGUGCAAUUUGGCCUACUUGUGCCUGGUACAGCUGACAUUGAACAAGAAUGUUAACAAGAAUAAGACUCUACGUACACUCAGUCCCAGACAUCUUUGGUUAGUUCAAAAAUUCGUUUCACUUUACUUUUACUUUUACAGAACCAUAUGGUAAAGUACUCAUACAGGCCUAAUCUGCCAUAGAAGUUUAACCACUUCUCCCUAAGAUCACUUUGAUCUGCUUGAUCCGUGUCUAAGAAGAGAAAGAAUACAAAAAGGCAAUCUAAACCACUCUUAAAAUUUUUUAUGGUUAUAGAGAAUUUUAGUGAGGGUUUUUUUUUUCCUAUUAAUGAGACUCUGGGCUCUAUUUUCGUGCCUGCCAGCGAUGCGGCGGAGGGUGGCAGACCCCGUGCAGUGGUACUUUCGUCUGGCGGAGCCCAGCGCACAGCCAGUUUGGUAUUUUUGUAGACUGAAGCAACCGAGGUCCGCCAAGUUGGGCGUGGUGGCGCGGUAUCUAGUGCCCAUACGUCACCGAUGCCUCACUGGCAGGUUUCCACAGUGUCAGGCACAUUUCAGUGCAAUAAAUAAUCAACAACAACCAAUAUUCUGAGUCAGCAAAUACAUUUAGAUCUAUAUUGAUAUAUUCUGAUCUAUAUCUGAUCUGAUGAGUGCGUUUGGCACGUGUUUGGACACACAACCUGACCGAAUCAACACAGCUGAAACCGCAUUAAAUUAAAUUAAAUUAAAUAUCUAGUAAAUAAACACACGAUGAAGUUAACAUGAUAUUUAAUUCGCUCUUCCUCUUAUUUCUUGCGCAGCUCGACCUGGACAUGUCUCUGUGUCCUCUCUCCGUCCUGCUGCAGCUGCUGCUGCGACGGCUGAACAGAUGAUUUGUUUCAGUGAUCAGAUGAGUUAUUUAUUUUAAGCCUACAUAAGAAUAUUAUAAUAUUCAGUUUUGUGAGCCAAAUUUAUUUUAUAUGCCAACAUCUAUGAAAGAAAGAGCCAGGCCACGGAGCGCAAUGUGUCAUUGUGCACAGAGGGUUCCUAUUUCAAUGACAUUAUUGGAAUUUAUGUUGUGAUCUGUGCGCUCAAACCACCUUUGUCAUGUGAGGUUUAACUUUAUGCAACUUUAUGUGAGUGUCUUUAUUUGUGGAAAAGGGUGUUUGUCUUACCAGUGGGUCCAACAUUACGCACACCAAAUCCAUCUGUGCUCAUAUGAGACAGUGUGAUGGACGCCCUCUGAAGCGCUUACAGUGACACUUGUUAAAGGGCUGCCUUCUGUCGUCAUCGUGUAGCAUUGCUGUCUUCAGACAUCUCUUGAUCUCUUUGACUACUUCACGAAAAUUGUGAUACGCCUCGCCGGUGGUGGAUUCAAAGGUGAGGAGAGGAGCGGUUCUGAUUGGCGAAAACAGGUCUCGGCUGUGUUAAACCCACUCCACGCCCUCUCUACGACUUACAUCCUCGCCACAUCGCCAGCGAGGAACGAAAAUAGCGCCCAAUGUCUUUGUGUUGACUAUCUUUGUAGUACACUGUGUGUGUAAUCUCUGUGUGAUGUAUUAGAUGAAGAGCACUCUGAAAUUAAAAUCAUAGGUGCUGCCAAUCCUAAAAACACUGUCACAGAACACAGGCUCUUUAUUUUUCUUUAAGAUUUCAAAAAUCUUUUCAUUCUCAAAAAUGUUUGGAUCUCUUUUACAGUUAACGUCUUUAAAUACACUCAGAACCACGCUCUUGAGAUUCACGCAUGGAUUGAUGGCUACUGUAAUCUUAAAUGAUUUCAGAAUUAAUUAAUCCUCCACAGACAAUUGGCUAACUGCCGUUUAAGGUCGAUUUGUGCAGUUUAUCGCAAGUCAGGAAAUAUUUAAUCACAUCUAAGUUUGAUGCUCACUAAUACAUUCAGAUCACUGUCUCAACAUUGUGCAGAAAUUCUCUUAUAUGCUUCAGGCAAUAAACUAUUCAUCAAUGUUGCAUUCUUGUUAUGCUGACCUCAGCUUCAGCAGGAGCUGAGUUUUUGUUGCAGACGUGGGGUUGUUUUGAUGUUUUGUAAUUCUUUUAGUGUUGCCAGGUUUUUUCUUAAUGCAUGAUACAGGGUUUCAGUUGUUUGGAUAUCUAGACACUAAAGGUUGAAUAUAAAGUUAAAGUGUCAGAGCAGCUCGAAAACCAGAUGUUCACAGAUAUUUUUAUAAAGCUUAUUUUUCUGAACUUGAACCUGAUACAAACGCAAAUGUAAAAAGGCAUUUGGGGCUCUCAGGUACACCAUGUGACUAUGGAAAAUGUUGGGACUGCCCAUUAUGAUUUGAAUGAUUGACAUGCAUCAUUAAGUAUGCCCCUGUCAUUGUACCAUCACGAAUCCAUGACAGGAAUGCUCAUUAGAUAACAGCUGAAUGAGCUGUCAUAUUUCUUUUUAACCAUUAUUUUUCAUCCACUCUCUGAUCCUUCCCCUUCUUUUGUCUUUUUCCAGAUUAGUCUGAUCCAGCAGCACCCACCCUCACCAAACCUAUUUCAUCUGCCUCUUUCUGCUCAGCCCUUGUUGACCUCCACACUCUUGGAGCAAGACAACCCAGCCAUGCCGUCUCCUCCUCUGUCUCCAUUCCCCGAGGAAACAGUCAGCCAUGGCUAUCAUUUAAGUCUUAGUAAGGUGUCUUCGGUAUCCCUGAGUCAGUCAUCCUCCAAGUCAUCAGUACACAGUAGAAGUGUUCAGAACAGCCUCACUGCUGCCUUUGCUGUGUCUCAUGAGAAAGAGGUAGAGCUUCACCACCCUUCCUGUUUGGAUAUUGAUUUAAAAUUACAGCUCAGAUCAAACUAAUAACUAUUGCAUCACUUUACACUAACAGAAAACACCUUCAGACCAGGACCUGAUGUCAGGACAGCGUCAUACCUCAGGUAAGAACCUGUGGUUGUACACAGGUGUUCUGGGUUUCCCAUUUGCUGCUGUCUAAUCUGAUCAAUUCACUCUACAGGUGAACAGAGUUCAGCUCCGUUGACAUUACACGGGUUGAAAUAGUAAUUCUAACUUCAAAUUCCCUUUGUUUGAGCUCCCUGCUCAAACCUUGACCUAUUUAGACAAGACAGAAGUGUUGGAAACAGUUGUUUCGUUUUUACUGUGUUGUAACUGCUGGUUUUUGUUGUAGGACCCAGUCGAAAGCGCCACAUCUCUUCUUCCAGUGGUUCUGAUGAAGACGAGAAGGAAGACCAGAUUAAACACAAGAGGAGAGAGCAGCCUCCCCCCCGCAUGAAACCAAGGAAGCUUUUCAAAUCAUGUAAGACAUGCAACAGAGUCACUCAGCAGUAAAAGUUGAUCCAGAGCAGUUGUUCCCAAACUUUUUCCCCCAAGACGCACCAAAGGACAAGUAAAAAUCUCAAGGCACACCUAUUGUGCAAAAUAACCCUAAUAACACGUGUUAUCACUUAUAUCAUAUAAAAUAUGUAUGAAUGUGCAUAAUUAUUUACUGAUGCCAAAUUAAAUGUGACAAAGACAACUAUAUUACUCAUGAUAUAUUUAUUAAUGAAAUAUUAAAAGAAUAAUUUAAAACUUGAUCAAAUUAUGCUCCAUCAAAGCAACAGCAGACCGAUUUAAACAAGACAGGUCACAAAAUUAAAAAUGAAGCAAAGGAAAUUCUACAGAAAAAAGAUGAUUUCAUUUCUGCUCUGAAAUUUGGCCUUUAACUAGUAGAGAUGUCCACAUAUGUCCGCAAGGUAAGCCAGCCUGCCGCACCACCUCUCAUCCCUGAGCUUGUCCUUAUGUGGGACAGCGAGUACAUGGAACAUUCUAAAAGCUCUCCCUGAAGUUCAUAAAAAUGGGAUAGGACAUUCCCCCGUGAAAGCCAACGUACCUCCACAUAUAGGAUCGGUGGUGGGUUGUUGGCAGUCUCAGCUCUGGUGGUUGGUGUGUUGCUCUGCACAAGAAAGCAGUCCAUUCUCCCUCUCGCAUGUUUCUCUGUUUUAGUGUUGUGUUAUAAUACCCGCCGGUGUAACUGAGCAAAUAGCGAAAUAUGUGGUUCUCACUAAGGAUUUUUUUUUUUGAGAAUUGUUUUUAGGUAUAGAGGUAUAGAGUUUGCCCCUUAUUGUGAAACAAGUGCAUACAAAGUACUGAUAUAGUAAAUAAAAAAAUAUAUAUAUAUAUUAUUUUUGUGUAGUUGUAUGUUGCAAUAAUAAUGUAUAGUUAUCACAAAAUGUUACGGCACACCUGGACUUGCCUCAUGGCACACCGUUUGGGAACCAGUAAUCUAGAGUGACAUUUCCAAAUGUUUGGCUGGAGUGAUGUCUCUGGAGAAAUUGGUAUAGUGGACAAAUGGGUUUUACAAAGUAGUAUGAGUGUAAAACCUGAGUUAUUUUACAACAAUAAAUGUGUGCCACCAACAAAUAUGUAUUUAUUCAUUUUAGUUUCAAUAUGUAAAAGUCUUGUUGAUGACCAUACCAACUAGAUUCAACGUAUUAGAUGAUGUGCAGUUAAAUAACUUGACAAAGUUUUACUGGUCAACCUGUGUUCUAACUCCUACCUGUUAUCACGAGCUUAUGACCGAUAGGAUAAGUGGUUAAUGCGUUUAUCCUCUAGGGAGUAGUCAGGCUUAAGGUCCUUACACACCGGCGAAUUUGCGGAGCAAAGCGAGACGAAAAUUGCGAAUAUUCGCCGGUCCGAAAAAUCGCUUUCGCCUAUACACACCGGGCUCGAAGCGAAUAUGCGUAUAUUUUUUGCAAAGCGAAUUAAUAAAGUCGCUUUGCGGCACGGAGGAGAGGAGAUGCAGGGUGGUCCUGUACCGCAAUGACCAGCCUCUCUCCCAUCGUUGCUCUUGGUGCCAGUGAUGGUGUGUGUCGUGUGAAUGGCUGCUGAUUGACAUGUCUAGCAUUAUGAGUGAGGGAGAAAGAGGAGGAAAAGCUGUGAGAGACGCCGCAGCAGCCAGGAGAGGCGAGUGCUGAGCAGUGAUCCUUCAAGUUGUCUGGUCUUUCUAUUGGCCCUGUAGCUGCAGAUCAUCGGUAUGUCAAACAGCUGAGAGGGAGAAUCAGGCAUGAUGAGGCGGUCACCCUGUGAAGUGUGCAUGACAUCUGUCUCCUAAGGAAGACAAGAGAGUGUCAUCUUGUGAGAAAACUACUUCAUUGGUAAUUCGAAAGAGUUUUGGAUGCACCUCAGCUGUCUUUGUCUGCGUUUUCAUAAUCUCAAACUUCUCCUUUUCCUCCAGCCGUAUGGGUCUGUGACAUCAUCAACAACAUGACUUUUGAUUGGCCAGAGGUCUAGCAGGUCCAGAUAUUCGCCUGCGAAUAUCCGAAAAAUUCGACACAGGAGCGAAAAAAUAAAAGCUGCUUUUCGCCCCGCGGAAAAAUCGCCGCCGCUGUGGAAGCUUGCAUUGACUUUAUGCUGUUUUAAAAAAAGGAGAAUAAUUCGCCUGGCGAAUUCUCGCCCGGUGUGUAAGGACCUUUAGUCUUCGAUGGUGAAUGGAUUAUGUUCAUCUAUUCUCUGGUCUCCUGUUAACUCAAAGUACUUUAAUAUUCUGUGUCAUAUUCACACGCUGAGGGCAGAGGCAGCUAUGUAAUCACCCAUCAAUAUUAAUUAACCCCAUUUACACACCACUGGGCACGGCCAGCAGGGGCGAAUGGGGUCAAGUGUCUUGGCCAAUGACAUCUUGGCGUGUGAACAGCAGGACCUGGGUUUCAAAGCCCUGACCUUCUGAAUGAGAGGCGACCAACUCUACCACUGAACAACAGCCAGCCAUGUGUGCUCACAGCACCUGGUAUUUCCACUGGCAGUCUCCUACUAAGAACAAACCAGACCCAACCCCGCUUAGUUUCCAGGCUUGGGCGUGUUCAGGGUGGUAAGGCCAUAAGCAAGCUUUAGAGAUAGAGUGCAAUGUUCAGGGGGGGCUUGGUGUGAAGUCAGCACUUCUUUGCAUCAAAAGGAGACUGUGCUGGUAUGAGCACCUAAUAAGGAUUCCCCCUAGACACCUCUUUCUGGGGUUUCCUAGGUACAGCCAUCUGGGAGGGUAGACCCAGAACACACCAGAGGGAUUGUAUAUCCAGUCUGGCAUUAGAAUGUCCUGGGAUACCCCAGGAUGAGCUGGAAAGAGUUUCUGGGGCAUGAGAUGUUUUGGGCAACUUGCUUAGCCAGCUGGCACCACACCCUUGCUCUAGAGAAGCGGGAGAGAAUGGAGAAAUCAAGCCUCUGUUGACAGAUUCAUUUUAUGUUUUGUAUUCUGACAAACCUGAAUUUGACUUCCCGAUGUCACCCCCAACAUCCUGAACCGGAACAUUUUUCUGUUAUCCUCAGAUACCGAGAUCUCAGUUGAAAGUGAGAUGAGUCAAGUGAUGUCCCCUCCCCAAAUGAUGAGUUCCAGUCAUGGGGAGGCUGACACAGGAGACGGAGACCUGGACAUGGCGGAGGAUUUCGAAAUGCCAAAAAUGGCCAUAAGCCCAAAGAACCUGUGCCAGCAGUUCAGCUCGGAGCUAAAGAAGAAAUUUGAGGUUUUAGACACUCUGAAACACAUGUCUUUUUCCGUCACAGUUUCCAGAAAUAGUCCCAAAAAAUAAUGUGUGCAUUGUAUGUGUUAUUUUUUCUAUCUGAUAUCUUCUCACCUCUCUUGAACACUGUGUACUGCUUGUCAGCUGAGAUUUUAUUUCCAGAGCCUCAGGAUUUUUAUCUGUUUGUACAUAGAAUCGACAGGACAUGGUGGAGGUGUACAACAAACAGUGUUUGAAGACCCUCCAGCAACAUGUCUCCUCCCUCAACAUGCGAGUGACCAAACAAAGGUAAGAACAUGCUGCUAACAGAUCCCACGAAGACUUGUGCAUUUGUUUUUCAGAGUGGGAGAAAGAAAACCAAUGUCAAUGUCAAACAUCCAAAUUCAGCUAAGUUCACAUGCAAUUUUCGACUUGUUUAAUUUGAGUCCACAGUGUUUUAGUUUAGACAUUUAUUUUAGUUUGUUAGAAUUCCUCUUCAGUUUUGAUUUUCUCUUUAUGUGCAGGACGGAGAGGCUUGAACAGGUCCAGGCUGUCCUUUUGGAAGAGAUCCAUAAGUUGGAGCAGGAUGAAACUGUGCUAAGAAACAUGGAGAAAGACCUGACUGUAUGCCUCUCUGUAUCUUUUACUCCAUAUCUCUCCCACUUCACACACACACCUACGCACACAUACUCUGCUGUGCAUCAUUUUUUGGAGAGAAAAAAUAGGACAAGAAAAUAUGUGAAAAACAUGCCAAAAAUAAUCAGUUCUUGAUUCCAGUUCGAUCAGUGCAUGAUCUGUGUUUGGUUUCUGUUUCUCACAGAUGUACUGGAAAAAGCAGAUCACCACGUUCUGUUCUUACCAUGCCCAGGACACCAGGAGGUAAAUAUGUGUGUGUGUGUGUGUGUGUGUGUGUGUGUUGGUGGAUCUGUGUCAGAGCGCAUUGAAAGAGCUGUGUUGUUAGAUUGUAGCAGUCCUGCCAUACUGUGAUCAAUGCCACCCCUUCAGUAUUAACACAUACUUAGUAAGAGCUGAAUAACAGCCUUGUUUAUUUGGUGGACAUGGAUUAAAAAAGCUUACAUGGAAAAUGUGGUUUCCUCAGGCUUAUCAUCAGAAGUUAAAUAUGAACCCUGCAGCUCAAGCUAUUUUAGGGAGGGAAGUGGCCAGGGCUUCUUCAUAUGACUUCAGCGAGGUUCACUGAUGUUUAUUUAUUUCCCUGACAAAAUCAGUUGUUACAGAUACCCCCUCUGCCUGGAGUCGCUCCAGAUAUGCAGUUUUUCAUUGACCUGGUUCAGUCUUCCCUCUGUCUUAAUACAAUCUUGACUCUGCUGAAAGCUCCAUGUGAGCUGGAGCUUCUCUUUAGCAUCUGUUUCAUAUUGCAGAGAUCUUUUUAGAUAAUGUGCACCAUACUUGAAUGUCACCAAAUGUUUUCAGAAGAUAGUUGGAACCCAUACAACUGCACUUGGAAAUAAUAUGAGCAUUUUCCCUUUCACCUUAAGCCAGUGUGGUUGUUUCCUGUUCGACCUCAUUUGGUUGUGUGACUGUCUGUGCAUCUUCUCCCCCCAGGAAUGAGACCCUGGCAAAAGCCUUGCAGAGUAACGUGUGUCCUGAGUUGGAGUAUGAGGAGAGACUAUUCACAUCCCAGGUCUGAUCCUCUGGCCCUCAUUUCACAGUUGACAUCUAAUAUGUGCUUCAUGUUGUUGCUCAAGUGUUAGUCUUCUAAUUAGCUGUGUAAAUCCAGAGCUCAGAGAGCUUUGAAUGAAGAGUUUCUCUGUGCUUCAGUGUUUUCUAAUUGAACCUCGUUUCACCUCAGCCUGUUCUUCCAGUCUUUUUUGCUGAGUGGCCUUUACAUUUCGCUCCUCUCAUUGUCUCAUGUGUCAAACUUGCCCCCUGCUUGUCCUGACUGUCAUAUUCUGUGUUGAUGCUCAUCUAAAACCCUGCUGCUCUGCCUGCUGGUUUCAGAUGUGCCUGAUUAGAAAAGACAUGAAGUCAGUUCAGGACAGACUCCUCAGUCAGAUGGUAAGUUGACACGACACAGGUGACUCUGAGGCUCUGAGUUGUUGUCUUCUGCUUUGUCAGCAGAGCACUGUUGCUUUAACAGCCUGUUUAUUACAUACAGUAUUUAGAGGAUUCAUCGCUCAGGUUUCUUUUUCCUUUUACAGCAAGAGGUUGAGAUCCAGAGUGUGAAGAGAGGCCUGCAGGCUUUGUUUUUCCCCUGA